GAAUGCUUCGGUAUCUCCUGGCCCGAGGCGUUGAAGCAGGACUUGGUUUGCAAUGCAAGUGAAGCGGAAGAGAGGUUGGGUUGGACGUCCCAGCAGUUGGGAACUCACUGGGACACACUGGAGAUGGGCAUUGGCAAAGUGAAGUUCGGUGGCGGUUUCUAUUGUGGACAGCUUCAUGGUCUGUUCGUCAUCAACGGCUUCUACAUGGCCAUGCGCCAGCAGUACGUCGUGCCGGGCAGUUCGGUGUUCUGGUUCAAUGUGAAGUGGCCGACCAACGGGGAAAACGGCGGAAAACUCUCUUGGAAAAGGUUUCGUGAAGAGGUGGUGGGGAACACGGAUCCAGGGACGGCAAAGCCAGUGUCCCUGCGGGGCUACUUCUACAAGCAUUGGGACGCGCUCGGCUUGCCAGGCCAGCCUCAUGUGGGGGAAAAUGCGGUUCAUGGAUCCGCGAGCCCCUUCGAGGCGUUGGUGGAGAAGAUGAACUGGCUCGAUGCUGAUUAUGGGAGCGAUCCCUUUGGGUCCUUGCUAUCCAGCCAAGGUGUGAGCGAAGCUACUGUCAAUCGAUGGCGUCUGAAUCCGGUUGUCAAAGUGGAUGGCAGGAACACCUCACUGUUCGACUUGGUUGAAAACUUGGACACAAUUGCAUGCCUGAAGAAGGCGAAGUGUGUUUUCAAAGAGCAGCAGCAGCAGCAGCAGCAGCAGCAGCAGAAAAAGUCUCAAAAUCAUCUUCCUGUAAAUGAGAUACGCUACCUGCUGAGCACCGCAACAAAGCCGUGA